AAGUGAAUCUCGUUUUUAAGAGCUGCUUUGUUGGCUCCCACAAAAAAAUUGCUUUGAGAGCAGAGAAACAUUCUUGGUCUGUGCCUCUCUCUGUUUCUCAAAAGCCCAGUGGUGAUCAAUCACUGUACCUCCAACAGAUUGGUCUGCCUGCCUCUUGCCUUUGUGCAAUGAGUGAGGCUGGAAGGGCUCUGUAAUGUAAAAGCUGCCCCAAGGAAGCAGGUGGGCUGGAUGAAUGGGCACCAGAGACCUUGCCAAAUCCAGCCAAGAGGGGGUAGGAAAUGAGAACUGAUGGGGACAGCAGAAACCAGGGCAGGGGAGACUGGUAAGGUGGCAGAAGGGUGUCUGGGCUAAAUGGGAGCCUGAGGAAAGAGGAGAAGAGGUCUUUCCCUCAGCCUGUAUUUUUCUACUGUUUCUCAAGAUGUGAACCAGGAAUUAGAUGUUGCCAAGGAUGGGCCAAAUAGCCAGUUUACUGCAAUUCCCUGAGUUGUGGUUGCUUGCCUAUAACAGGGAAGAGGGUCUAAAAAGGGAAAGGGGGGAAAAGCAGAACCCAAAUUGUGCAUCUUUGGUGUGGCAAUUCCUCCCAUUCCUUCCUGUUGGUAAGAAAGCUUUGCCUCACAGAAUGACAGGACUGGGGAGGGGUGAAAGGGCCUGUGGACAGGAGCUCUCACAGCCAAGUUACACAGAAGGGGCAGCCCACAGGACUGUCCACAGGAGCCUCCAGACCACACCUGGGAGAAGGACAUAUCAGGAAAAUGGACCCUGAACUGCUGAACAUCCCACUUGCAGUCAAGAUCCCUGUGGCACCUGGAUCCAAGCCUGUCUUCUGCAGGAGAAAGCUGGGUGAAAAGAGCGACAUCUGGUGACUGCCGACGUGACGUGCACCUAGGGACCCCUGAGGGUCAGUACAGCCAGCGGACAAUGAACCAGCCGCUUCCCCCCAGAGGGGACGCCUUGCUGCGCAUGGGACUCAGUAUUUCUGAAGAAGCUAUGCGCGCUUUGUUCCAGUGGGUAAAAGCGCAAGAUUUUACUGUGACUUUUAAUAAUGCUUUCAACCUCGAGAUGUGGCUAUCAGUGGGAGACCGCUUAUGGUCUGAGUCAGCUGCAGGAAAUACCAGCGUGUGCAGCCUGGCAGCCACCUGGGGCGUGCUCUUUAAAGCGCUGAAGCAGUGCCAGUCUGGGGACAGUGAUGCCGAGAUGGAAGAUUCGGAUGCCAGGGGUGCCUCUUUUGUACACCAAGAGAGACUGGGGAAUGAGACUGAGAACCCGUCACCCACGGAGCUGGGCGCGCAAACUUCGCCAACAGAGAGGCAGCAAGAAAACGGAGAUCCCCCGUCCCCGCCUGCACCCUCCACGGCACCUCCACUGGCGCUGCGAGCACCGCCGCAAGCAGCCGCGGGGGACCUUUUCUCCGGCCCCUCCGCACCCUCUGCGCUCCUUUCUUCUGUACCACAAGGGACAGCACAGGCUCCCCCCCUGCAGCCCGCUGGUGCGGCGGGGGGAGUGGUCCCCACACAUCCAUCCAAAGAGCCUGCCGGCGCGGCGGGUUUCGCGGCCCCCCCACGUCCAACCGUGAAACCCACUGGCACGGCAGGGGAAGAUCAGCUUUCAGCCCCCCCGCGUCCAGCCGCGGGGCCCGCGCAUGCACAAACCUCGCCAGGACACCCAUCGCUGCCACCCUCAUCGGGGGUGUCCCCACCGGCCUCCACACCACCCCUCCACAGCAGCCUGACAGCAGCGACACCGCCCACCCCGGCAGAGGCGGGCGAGAACUCUCCGCUCCGUGCCCAGCCCGGCGCAGGAGAGCAAACAGAUCCACAAGCAAAGCUACUGCCCAGACCGACUACUGCAACUUUGCUGCCAAGGCAACCACCGCUGGAAAUAACAGCUGAACAAGAGCUUCAACGAACAGCAACAGCAACAACUUUACAACAGCUUUACAUCGAACAUGCAAGCUUCAAGCCACUCAACAACACAGCUGCAGAACCCAAAGAACAACAUCAGCAGCCUGAUCCUAAUGAAGCAACCAUCUUUACACCGCAAAUAGCUUCCCUGGGUUACUUCACUGAUUGCAGAGAAGCGACAUCUGGUGCCAGGGCAAUGAGCCCUUCCAACUUAUCCCACUGUGUCAAGCCAGGCCCUGGGGCACCUGUGAGGGAGAUUCCAACCUUCUCCUUCCUGGCAUCUGGGCACCUUUGGAAUAGCUUGGGCUUCACUGCUUGGAGAAUACACUGUUGUCCUGCAGCUUCUACUGCACCCUCCCAAGGUAGAGACUUUCUGGAGGCAGAGGCAGAUGACACAGCCCUGGGGCCUGCCUAACUUGAGGAGACUGGUUUCAUCCAUUCUCCACUGGCUGCAUUUGAAUCUUUGAAGGUUAUUUUGUGGAUAGGUCUGCAGUUCUUCCUGGUAGCCUAAGAUACCUAUUUGCUGGUGGGGUUGCUGUGGGGUUUGUCUUCUCUCCCCUAACACAUCACAGCCCAGCCUGGCUCAGCCCAGCCCUGUAGUCUGUCUGUGAAGGUCUCUGUGCCUACAGAAGGAUAGAGAAGACCUUUAGCUUUUCACAAGUACCAUGUGGUACCUCUUUGCUGCUCUCUCCUGCCUCCUUCAUACUCUGGAAACUCUCUUACAGCUCCACUGGCUGUUUCCUUAUUUCACUCUGGAUGAUCCCUACAGCCACCACCUCAGCCCAGCAUACAACUGCCUGCAUGACCCUGUCCUUCAGGACUACCACAAGCGCAAGGAUGUGCUGCAGUUGCUGAAGAAACAGGGUUUUGUCACCAGUGACAACAAGGUGGUUUGCACUCUGAAGGAGUUCAAUGAGUACAGGGAGUACCUGACCA